UUCCUGCAGAUCUUCUGUCUGUAUUCGUACGGAGGUGUCGAGUUUUUGACUUUGGCCAUCAUGUCGUAUGACCGAUAUCUGGCCAUCUGUUGUCCUCUGCAGUAUAACACACGCAUGACGACAAACAGGAUCGCCGCGCUCACUGCUCUGAUCUGGAUUUACCCUUUUCUGGUCAACACGUUUAUCACGUUUGGUCUGACUUUCCCUCUGCGGCUGUGCGGGAACGUCAUCAACAAAGUUUACUGUGACAACUAUUACGUGGUCAAACUGGCGUGCGCUGACACGACGCUCAACAACAGCUUCGGACUCGCUCACAUGUUCACAGUGAUCUUCGGUCUCAUACUUUUGAUUAUUUACACGUACAUUCGGAUCCUCAGAGUCUGUUUUUCGGGAUCUCAGCAGACGAGGCAGAAAGCCGUGAGCACCUGCACGCCUCACCUCGCCUCGCUGCUCAACUUCUCCUCCGGCUGUUUCUUUGAAAUCGUUCAGAGCAGAUUUAAUUUGUACAAUUUACCAAACAUGCUGCGCAUCUUUCUGUCGUUAUACUGGCUCACGUGCCAGCCGCUCAUCAACCCUUUACUGUACGGACUGAAAAUGACCAAAGUACGCGUUUUACUUAGAAACCUGUUUUUUGGGGAAAAGGUUUAA